CUUCUAAGCAUGCUGCUGUAGGCUUUUUUGAUUGUCUUAGAGCUGAAAUGGAAGAAUUUGAUAUUUCUGUCAGCACUGUGAAUCCAACCUUCAUCUGUUCAUACCAUCACCAACUAGCACCUGGCAACUGGGAGGCAUCUAUUUGGAAAUUCUUUUUCAGAAAGGUGGCAUAUGGUGUGCACCCAGUGGAGGUGGCAGAGGAAGUCUUGCGCACAGUGAGCAGCAAGAAGCAGGAGGUACUUCUGGCCAACCGUAUCCCCAGAGCAGCAGUUUACAUUCGCACCUUCUUCCCUGAGCUGUUUUUUGCCAUUGUUGCCUCAGGAAUUAGGGAAAAGCUGAAGACAGAAGAAGAAAAUUGAUUUUGUCUGGUUCUUUUCCCUGCUUUUGAUCUGCAAAAAAGUUUAUGUUUCAAAUGUCAAUGAUACCUGCUUCUCACUAUGGGCAGAAUAAAGCAGGAGGCU